UGUCCGAGGCAAGGGCGGUGUCAGGGGCAGGGGAGGUGUCCGGCCCCAGCCCCGGCGGAAGGGCGGGCCCGGGCGGCCUCCCAGCGGCGGCUCUGCUGCCGGCCGUGCUGCAGGAGAAGGAGCUCGUUAAAGCCCAUUCUUUCUGCGGCAGUGAAAUGCUGUUCCGCUUCGGCGUGGUGCUGCCCGCCCGGGUGACGGAGGGCGGCGCGGAGCUGCUGGUGGCCGGGUCGCGGCCGGAGCUGGGCGAGUGGGACCCGCGGCGCGCCGUGCCCAUGAGGCGGGCGCGGCCGAGCGCCCCGCUGCCCGCCCAGGAGCCCGCGCUGUGGCUGGCGGAGGUGGCGCUGCCGGACGAGGACGCCGCCAGCCCCUUCUGGUACAAGUUCCUGCGGCGGGAGGGCGGCCACUUCCUCUGGGAAGGGAGUGGGCCCCAUCAUGAUCGAUGUUGUGUUUACAACCAGAGCAACAUAGUAGAUGGAGUUUACUGCCUCCCAAUAGCACACUGGAUUGAAGUCUCUGGACAUACUGAUGAGAUGAAGCACACAACCGAUUUCUAUUUUAAUAUUGCAGGACAUCAAGCUAUCCAUUACUCCAGGAUUCUGCCAAACAUCUGGCUGGGAAGUUGCCCUCGGCAGCUGGAGCACGUGACCAUCAAGCUGAAGCAUGAGCUGGGUGUUACAGCUGUGAUGAACUUCCAGACUGAAUCUGACAUUGUCCAAAAUUCCUGGGGCUGCAACCGCUACCCAGAACCCAUGAGCCCCGAAAUCCUCAUGAAACUGUAUAAGGAAGAAGGUCUUGCCUAUGUCUGGCUGCCAACUGCAGACAUGAGCACUGAAGGAAGAAUCCAGAUGUUGCCACAAGCUGUGUGCCUCCUGCACGGGCUGCUGCAGAAUGGACACACAGUCUAUGUUCACUGCAAUGCUGGCGUUGGCAGGUCCACAGCCGCUGUCAGCGGCUGGCUGAGGUACGUGAUGGGAUGGAGCCUCAGGAAAGUGCAGUACUUCCUGGCUUCCCGGAGACCAGCUGUCUACAUAGAUGAGGAAGCUCUGAAUCGUGCUGAAGAAGAUUUCUACCAGAAAUUUGGGCACCUUCGUUCCUCAUAUCAAAUAGAAGAGUAGAAAAGCAGAAGAAAAGGAAGGUGAAGAGGAAUCCUUACAUUUAAACCCCAAGGACUUAGAAAUUUCUGUGACUCAGGCACCCACCUCACCUCUUCAGAUUAUAAGCUUCUUGUAAAAGUGAUAAGAAUUUUGUUUAAAAAGUGCCUUAGAGUUUUUUAUUUGCUUUCUUUAAGCUGACAUGUUUUCAAGCCUUUUGGUGAAAUUAUGAGACCUAGAAACUGCAACAUGAAACAAGAUUUUCUUUUAACCACUUGCCUAUAGGAACUGAGGUUUCAGAGUAGACACUAAACAAGAUGUGAGGUGAAAUAGAGUUGGCAAUGAAAAGUGACAAGAAAAAAAUACGAAGAUUGACUGGAUUAAGAUUCAGGUUAGGAUGGAGCAGACCAUCAUCAAAGCUGCUCAGUUAUUUUAAGCGGAUAUUAGAAUAUUGCAGUGUUUUGUAGUAAUUCUGUAGAAGAGUGGUAUUGAUGAGAAAGACCAGAAGGAAACUGGUUCUUCAGCUCAGUGUUUAAAAACAAAAAGCUAAUGUCUAAUGCACUGAACUAAGAUUUACUCUUUGUCCAUCUAGUUAAUGCUAAAUAUUAUGAGCUCCAGCGAUAUUAUUUUAUGACAUUGGGGUUAUGCUGGGCUGUGACAUGGAGAGAGGACACAGCUCCAGCUGUGUCAGCCUUGCUUUGUUGUGGAGCAGGACGACUGUUACAUUAUCCUAGGCUGUGAGUUCUCUGAGUUGAAGCUGCAUUUUGCUC